GGGCUGCCAACACACGCGGCGCGUCUGCAGGUGUGGGAACAGGAGGGAUAUGUUGGACAAAGUGAGAAAUUAAACCAACCGCUUCCCAAUAACUGCUUCGGAUGUACAUUCCAUCUUUGUUUUGUUUUAUUUUGUAUAUGUAUUUUUUCUAUUUUUAAUAUUACCCUGAUUUUUUUCCAGUAGGUUACACAUUCGUGCAGCAAGCUGGUAAAAAAGAAGCGAAAGAGAUAGAGCGAGAGUACUAUUCUGCUAGUUGCAAGUGACUUGGAGGAAGACAGCCGGACAGGUAAUUUCUGCCUUACGUUCGUAUCGCCGAGCUCAAGACAGUUAACGAGCUGUUAACACAGUCGGCCGGGUGAUGACUUGUCUGAACUGAGCGGGCAUUUAAAUGAUCUUCUGACAUAUAUGGACAUAUCACCGGACAGAGGAAUACAGAGGAAUACUGGAGCCUCACCCAAAAAUUAAAAGAGCGGGAGCGAGAGAGAGGAGCGUCUACAAACUGUGAGUAAAACGGAGCGGCUUGGACUGAAUCUACUUUCUGGUUAUUUGAUGCUCGGACUAUAACGUUUCGGCUUUUUUUUUUUUUUUUUACACGCAUGACAUUCAGAUAUUUUGGGAGGAGGGGGCCACUGUCCGGGGCGCACGGAGAAUCCGGCUUGUUCUCUACAUCACUUUAAAACAAACAAACAGAAAAUACUAAAAGAAAGGAAGGAGAGACAUUCGAAGGAGGGAAAGCAGAGGAGAGCUGGGUAAGCCCGUGCGUUUGCCGAUUUUUUUUUCACUGCAGCAGGAGAAAAGUCCGGGAGGAUGAAGUCUCACGCAUCCCAGACCAGAAGGCUUCGCUCUGAAUGAAAGCGAUAUUUCCUUCCCAUAUUCGGACUUUCUAUUAGUGAUUUUUUUUCACUUAUUAUUAAAGUGGACAUUUUUUUCCUCUCCAUUCCCCCUUCCUUCUCUGGGCUGAACAAUGAGGACUACUGGUGCAGUGGACUAUUUGUACUAUUGCAUGCUCAUCUUGCAGCUUGUGCAUCAGCCCGCUGCCAAGCAAGUGCUCCGGUACCGUUUAGCUGAGGAGGGACCAGCAGAUGUCAGAGUAGGGAACGUAGCCACCGACCUGGGCAUUGUCGCCGGGUCCGGUGAGGUGACGUUCACCCUCGAAUCCGGGUCCGAUUUUUUCAAGAUAGACAACAUUACAGGUGAGCUCUCCACCAACGAGAGGCGGAUAGACCGUGAAAAACUGCAGCAGUGCCAAAUGAUAUUUGAUGAAAACGAAUGUUUUAUUGAUUUUGAAGUGUCGGUGAUAGGACCAGCGCAGAGCUGGGUCGACCUCUUUGAGGGAAAAGUCAUCAUAUUAGAUAUAAACGAUAACACCCCGUCUUUCCCUUCCCCUGUCCUGACACUUUCUGUGGAGGAAAACAGACCCAUUGGAACCCUUUAUCUGCUGCCCACAGCCACAGACAGAGAUUUUGGCAGAAAUGGAAUAGAGAGAUAUGAGCUCAUUCAGGACAAUGGGGAGAAUUCAAGGCGAUUGGGGUCUUCUGGGGAUUCGUUUUCAGGAAAGAGGAGAUUUGAGGAGGGAGCGAGCAGGAGCAGUGUCUUUGAACUGCAAGUUGCUGACACUACUGAUGGAGAGAAGCAGCCUCAACUCAUCAUUAAGGGGGCCCUUGAUAGGGAACAGAGAGACUCCUAUGAGCUUACACUGCGUGUUAGGGAUGGAGGAGAUCCCCCUCGCUCCUCUCAGGCCAUUCUUAGAGUAAUGAUAACUGAUGUGAAUGACAACAGCCCUCGGUUUGAGAAAAGUGUGUAUGAGGCUGACCUGCCUGAAAACAGCUCCCCUGGCGCCCCCAUACUCCAGCUCAAAGCGGCUGACGCAGAUGUAGGGGUUAAUGGUCAAAUAGAAUAUGUGUUUGGGGCAGCCACAGAGUCAGUAAGGAGACUGCUGAGGUUGGAUGAGAGCACGGGGUGGCUGAGUGUGUUGCACCGCAUUGACCGUGAAGAAGUGAGCCAACUGAGGUUUACAGUAAUGGCCCGUGACCGAGGCCAGCCACCCAAGAUGGACAAGGCCACAGUGGUGCUGAACAUCAAGGAUGAGAACGACAACGUGCCUGCUAUAGAAAUUCGGAAAAUUGGACGCAUUUUCUUAAAAGACGGGAUAGCCAAUGUGGCUGAGGAUGUGGUGGUGGACACACCCAUUGCUUUAGUUCAGGUGUCAGAUCGUGACCAGGGGGAAAAUGGCAUAGUGACUUGCACAGUGGUAGGAGAUGUGCCAUUUCAGCUCAAACCGGCCAGUGAGAUGGAGGGCGAGCAGAAUAAAAAGAAAUAUUUUCUCCACACGUCUGCACAACUGGACUUUGAGGCAACACAGGAAUACAAUGUGGUCAUAGUGGCCGUGGACUCUGGGAGCCCCAGUCUGGCGAGUAAUAACUCUCUUCUCGUCAAAGUGGGCGACACUAAUGACAACCCUCCUAUCUUCAGCCAGAAUGUAGUAGAGGUUUCGUUUCCGGAAAACAAUGCACCAGGUGAGAGGGUGACAACAGUGAAAGCCAUAGAUGCAGAUAGUGGGAGGAAUGCUGAAAUAGCCUAUUCCCUAGACUCAUCAGUAAAUGGGAUUUUCUCUAUUGAUGCAGACAGUGGAGACAUCCGAGUAAACACCAUUCUGGAUAGAGAGCUAACAGAGCGCUACGAAUUCAAAGUGAUAGCCAAAGAUAAGGGCAUAAACACCCUUCAGGGUUCUGCAACAGUGGUCGUCCUUGUGGCCGACAAGAAUGACAAUGAGCCAAAGUUCAUGCAGGAUGUUUUCACCUUUUAUGUCAAAGAGAACCUUGAUCCUAACAGCCCAGUUGGCAUGGUUACAGUAAUCGAUGCAGAUAAAGACCAAAAUGCAGAAAUGGGCCUCUUUAUUGAGGAAGAGGAGGACAUUUUCUCUAUCGAGAAUGAAACCGGGACUAUUUUUUCCACCUUGUCCUUUGACCGAGAACAGAAAGGUACCUACACAUUCCGCGUCAAGGCUGUGGAUGGAGGUGAGCCUCCCAAAUCUGCCACCGCCACAGUUUCACUCUUUGUCAUGGAUGAAAAUGACAAUGCUCCAUCUGUCACUUUCCCAAUAAACAGCUCCUACACCCUUCUUCCUCCCUCCACUAACAUCAGAACUGUGGUCAGAACCGUCACAGCUAGUGAUGCAGAUACUGGCAUCAAUGCGGUCCUGAACUUCAGCAUCAUUGGGGGUAACCCCUUCAGACUUUUUGAGAUUGAUGCAGAGAGAGGGGUGAUUUCGCUAAUGGCAAAGCUGGAGCAGAAGCAUCAUGGCCUCCACAGACUGGUGGUUCAGGUGAAUGACAAGGGGCAGCCUUCGCAGAGCACCACCACACUAGUUCAUGUGUAUGUUAACGAGACACUUUCCAACUCCUCAGCUGUGGAGGCCCAGGUGGCUAAGAGCCUGAGCACAUCUCUGAACACCAACAUCGCCGGCGACCCCAACUAUGACCUAAGCAAACAGCGGUUAAGUAUUGUAAUUGGAAUAGUUUCAGGCAUCAUGACAGUCAUCCUCAUCAUUCUUGUUGUUGUCAUGGCCCGUUAUUGCCGCCCAAAGAACAAGAACGGUUAUGAAGCUGGCAAAAAAGACCAUGAAGACUUCUUUACACCACAGCAGCAUGACAAAUCUAAGAAACCCAAGAAAGAUAAGAAGAAACAAAAGUCCAAACAGCCGCUCUACAGCAGCAUUGUCACUGUAGAGGCCUCGAAACCCAACGGGCAGCGCUAUGACGGCGUCAACGAGAAGCUGUCCGACAGCCCUGGCAUGGGCCGCUACCGUUCAGUCAACGGAGGGCCGGGAAGCCCAGAUCUGGCCCGGCACUACAAGUCCAGCUCGCCACUGCCCACAGUGCAGCUUCACCCGCAGUCGCCGACAGCUGGAAAAAAGCACCAGGCAGUUCAGGACCUGCCCCCUGCCAAUACCUUUGUUGGCACCGGAGAUAACAUUUCCCUUGGAUCUGACCACUGCUCUGAAUACAGCAGUCAAACUAUCAACAAGUACAACAAACAGCCGUUUCGCCGAGUGACCUUCUCGGUGGUGAGCCAGCCCCAGGAUCCUCACCAGCAGGGAUCGCUGCAGAGCUGCUACGACAGCGGCCUGGAUGAGUCGGAGACACCGAGCAGCAAGAGUUCGUCGGGCCCCCGGCUGGGCGCCCUUCCCCUUCCCGAGGACAGCUACGAGAGGACAACGCCGGAUGGCAGUGUCGGUGAGGCAGAGCACAUGGAAAAUGACUCCCGGCCCUUGCCUGACGUAGCCAUGACUGGCAAGUGCACGCGGGAAUGUGACGAGUAUGGCCACUCGGACUCCUGCUGGAUGCCUGUGCGCACGUCGCCCGAGCGACGGCCAUCCAAGUCAACCACCACCCCCCAACAACCAAAGCUUUCUACUUUCAUGAGCGGCAACGGCAGCGGCAGCAGCAGCGCCGAGCAGCCCGGCAGCCAAGAGACCCUCGCCAUGGCCGCCAUGGCCAACGGAGACCCCACCGCUGCUCACAUGAUGGGUGACCGCAAUCGCAACCUGCUCAACAAGAAGAUGGCCUCCUCCUCCUCCUCCUAUGAGGCCUUCGGCUCGCCUCCCUAUGGCUCGCCAGGAGCCGGGGAGGAGGUGCUGGGCCACCCCACCGAGGAGAUCCCCCUUGCACCUACCGGGGAGUACAAGCCCACAACAUGUGGUACUCUGACGCGACGGGAGGUGUAUCUGUGAGCUGGAAGAGCUCCUCGUGUGUCACAACGUGUGGCAUUCAAACACAACAAUAAGCAUAGCUGCUUACCCACCACCAUUACAGCUUUAGAAGCUUUUAGCCACACUUUCUCCAAAGACUUUUUUGCGACAGCUUCUUAAUGAAAAAUCCCUGUGGAUAUAUAAACAUAGUCACCGUUUUUUUAAAGUGCUAAUUCUGGCCAUUAACUGGACGAAAGGAGGAGGAGGAAGAACUGCUGAGGGCACUGAUUCAACUCUCUCUGAGGUUGUUCUACUGGCGAGUCGGGCUCUUAGGACACAGUCUGCUGCCUGACAGUCAGUCUGUACAGUAAUCAGCUCAUUUUACAUAUACAGUGCAUGCAUGCAUUAACCCCUGUUCUCAUUAAGGGCCCCAUUCCCUGAAGUUGACGCUAUACAAAAGAGCCCACGUCGUUUUUUUCUGUUUGUGUUUUUUCUAGAAACAAAGCUGUACAUGUAAACUAUUUUGACUUUACAGUGUGUCUGGAUAUGCCCUUUUUUUUUAAAUUUCAAAGAACAGUGUCUGGACGUGAUGUUUUGUGGCUGAAGUAAUAUACUGGACAAAUUCAUGGUCUCAUGGUGUAACACGGACCACGGAUUCUGUCAUCUUUACUGUUUGUGAUAAACGUUGCAGACCAAAAGUCAACCGCUUUCGAAUCUUAUAAGGAGGGGAAAGACUAAGCUUUAAAUACUCGUUCCUCUCCCGAUGUGGGAAUUCGUGGAUGGAAAUGGGAGCCAAUGCAGUUUGCUGCAGUAACCCCCAUGGUUUGACUACAACCCUACUGAUAGACUGACAAACUUUCAGUGACUGACUCUAAACUACCAGUGUGCACGCUCUCUACAGGAGUCACUCGUUGUACAUAAACAUCAGCUCAUAGCAACAGCGCUAACCGCUCUCAUUCCCUUUUGUCUCGCUACCUUUCCUCAGUCUCUCGUUCUUUGUCUUUGAUUGGCGAGAUUGAGACCCGAACCUUCCUAAUAAAUGCAAGAUCUUACAGCCAUCGUCUACAACCGCAUUGGCUAGAGCAGCAUGUGUGUCCACAAUUGUACAUUUCGGAUCACCUUAGUGGGAUGCUAGUAUUUAUACCAAGUUGUGAUACUUACCCUGUUUUUCUCAAACACACACAUGCAGACACACACAUACAGAAAAGGCAGAUUCAUUUAACUGAGGCCGCUGGCGCUGCUAUACUGACUCAUUGAAAAUCCUGGGUAAGCACAGUGUGUGGCAUGAGAUUAAAAUUGUCAAGGUUCAAUGGAAACUGUAUGUGUGUACGGGCCAGAUAUGCAGUAUAUAGUGUGUUUGUAUAGGCCACUGUAGAUGUACACCAAUAAUAGGCUGGGGGGAGGGGGGAAGCAUACACAUGGCCUAGUUGGUCCUAAAAACAGCUGCAAGUACAGCUUUUUCUAAAAACUGUUAUUUUCUUUUUUGUUGUUGUUGUUGUUGUUGUGUGAUAGGACUGAGCAAUAAAUAUCAUAAUGCACAUGUGACCAACAAGCAUCAACUUCUCUUUCUCUUCUUCUCAAGCCUUCGAGGUGACAUUAACCCACAAGUGGCUGUCUAAGACCUGUUCUACCAGUAGUACAUGCCGCUUCCCUUAGUACACAGCGAAGGCUCUUUGGGCAUGAAUGUAAGAAUCAGCUCAAUGGAGAACAAUCAAAACGCAACUUCUGAAUGAGCAGAUUCCUGAAGGGUUUUGGAUUACAGGCUGAAAAAUUUGGUGUUACAGUUAAAACCAAAAGCUUCGUAAGUAAUACGAAGCAUUCCCUUUUUUCUUUUUCUUUUAUAACACGCAGACACAAAACAGAGAGAACUUUGCUGUAAGUACACGAAGAACUAUUCUUUUUUUUAAAAAUGAAGGUUUGAGUUUGAACGAUAAGAAUGUGAUGUCUCAACAAAACAUCCAUUACACCCACAGAGCUGAUGCUUUAUGACCAGUUAAACAGACACAUAACAAUGUUGAGAUGUUGUGCCUCCCUGUCUCCAGUGACUUUUUUUUUUUCUUUGCAGCUACAGAGGUGCAAAAUCUCAUGACUGUAAUAAAGCAAAAGAUGCAAUGGAACUUUUUGUAUGUUAGCAAAACCCCUUUGGUUUGACCGGAGAUGCUUUUUCUUGCAUUUCCGGUAAUCUAUAGUCUGUAAGUACUACUCGUUGUUUGAAAGAAAGUGCUCCUAUACUUAUCAACUGUAUACAUAAAUACUUACUUUUUACUGCACGUUUAAUGGGAACUUACUUCACUUACUGAGAAGGAAGAAGAAAAAAAACUGUAAAACAAAAUGUACAAAAAAAAUGUUAUCCCUGUAAACACAGAAAUUCAUCGUUUUUGCUUUUGUUAUACCUAAAAACACGAGUUACGUAGGACAACUUAGUACAUCGAUUUGGACUAUGCUGUGGAUUUAUUUUACCCCCUCCAUGCAUUUUUCAUGCUUAAUUUUCAUUAUUGUUUCACCUCGUGCUACAACAAAAACCCAUAUCUUUCAUAUGUUUUCUUUUUCAUCAACUUUUUACCUGAAGCUUUUGAUUGCUUUUUUUAAAAAAUACUCCUUUUUUAUUUGAUUUUUUUAAACUCACAGAUAUUGUUUCACAAUAACAGUCAAAAGCCGUGAAAAUGAUCAUCAGUAUACUAUGUGUUUUUUCUUUACCUGGUGCCACUUUGUAUAUUUAGAGUGAAAAAAAAAGGAAAAAAAAGGAAAAAAAAAGAAACAUAAAAAAAAAAAAAAAAAACUAGAGUGAAUGCAAAUAUGCAAUUGUGCCUUUUUAUACCAAUCGGUAUGAUUAAAUGUUGGUUUGGAAUGGUGCAUAAACAAUUACGUUGACAUGCAACACAAAAAUAGAUGGGGUGGCAUUUAAGGACUGAAAUACAUUUGCAUAUCUUAGAUGAAAUCCCAUGAUGUCAAAGGCUUGUUGAAGGACGACCAGUCAAAUGUCAGUGAGCCUGUAGGUCUAAUAGUCAAACGGCUAUUGCUCUUUGGGUUCAAUUACCUUGUUGAAAUAUCCAUUCCUAGCUUAGUGCAUUACCGAAUGAGUGCGGGUACAUUCAAAAGUUGCUUGUUGGUAGAAAUAAUAACGAUAUAAUGGAUUUUUUUGUCGUGUUCCACUCAUGUACAUGUGUGACAUCCGAGGUCAAGUAACCUUCUUUGUGCAUGAAACAAGCUCUAGGACUGAUUUUAGAAGCUUAGCAGGAUAGAGAGCAGGAAAAAGAAAUUUAAAAAAAAUGCUUGGAGACAUUUGACUGCUCAGAGUUGAGGGAGCCUAGAGAUAAAAAUGCUAAUGUGACGGUUUACUAGGAAUGGAAGUGUGGAGGGAAAAAGCUGCAAGGUAGAGUGGCUGACAGAACACACACCUCAGGAUGUGCCAUGCAACACAACACUCGUACAGAAAGAUUUACAGUGUAUGCAUAUCAGCAGAUGAUGAAACCCUGUCCUACAACUAAGCACGGUACAGGGUUCGCUAUGGUGUUGCAAGGUGAUGCCUUGCAUUUCGAGAUCAGAUAAAAUGAAAACAAAGUCUCUGUAGAGCAAGUGUCUGAAAAAGAAGCAGAAAUGAAAGCAGAAGCACAGUCAACACCAUAUAAUCUUUGAGUGGUGAUAGACUGUUUUUAUUUGGGGUAGUGGUACAAAAAUCUGGACAAUAGCAGGUGGGAUUUAUGUUGAAAUUCUCUUUGUUGCUACCUGAGGUAUGUGUUCAGUCUGUGCUCUGUUCUAUACGUAUAGCAUUCACAAUGUGUAAUGAGAUUUGUAAUAUUAACCAUUACUAUUUGUCCUGCGACUUGGAUGUUGAUAUAGAAAUCAAGGAACAAAUUUAUCAUCGUUUAAUAUGAGUCACUAUGCACGCAGCUUAGCUGAACAUGGCAAAGUGUAUUGAACGCAAGUCCACUUCUAUUUAUGAGAUAUUUUACAUAAUUUAAUUUGCUUUUGUACAGGUUUGUGUAAAUAAAUUGCUUGUCAUUUUUGUCUCUGCAGAAAUUAAAAUAUAACAUGGUAAAACAA